AAUCAGAGUCGGCCAUCACAGACCCUGCAGAGAUUGUCUUGAAAACGGGAGCACUCAUUCUCACGCAUAUAUCGUCAAUGCAGUCCUCUCGAAGACCCCCCUUCCCCUCCUUCCAACAUACAAGACAGGUGGGUGUCUUUCUGUCAAUCGCCACCACAAAGGACAUCUGUCAGUAACGGAUUGCGAGAUCCGUCGGGACUUGACCUGAUUCGUAACGAUUACACUGACGGACGAAAACCCACUUCAGUCAGUGCUUAGUCCGUCAUUUGUUUUGUUUUCCCCAGCAUUCUUCAGUCGUCAGCAAAACAAGCACCUAUCAGUGACGGACUGACGGACUUUCUAUCAGUCUUGGCUGAACGCCCACCUCUAUGUAUUUGUACUCCAGCUCUUGUUUGUAGAGAAGCCAGGAUUUUGGACACUUUGACCAAAGUGGAUUGAAGCAGGUGACGCGAAAUACAAUUUUGCCAAUUAAGUGAGCCAUCACAUCCAAAAAGUUGACCACAGAGAUGUUUGAGCGAUAUAUGCCCGUCUGGCCCAAAUCUUCACAUCUUCAAGAGGAUUUAAACAUUGCUCUUCUUAAAUAAACACAUCCUCACCCCCAAAAAAGUCACCAAAUAUGGGAGCCCUACAGAUAUUUCUCGUUUCUCUCCUGCUGCACCAGGCCGCAUGCAGCAAAGUACGCGGGGGAGCCACGGAGUUGAUGGAGUGGGGGGACAGCACACACAAACUCUCGACUCCCACGGGCGCCAGUCCUCGGAUCCUCAACCCCUUGCGUUUGUUCGCCAGGGCCUCCCCUGGGUUCAAGAGCGACAUCAGGGAAAUGUCCUACAUCCAGAACAUGGAGGACUUCUGGGACUGGUUAUCUAACCAGACAGAUGUUCAGGAUCCGCAAGCCAGAACUAAACGGAGGCCCAUUGUCAAGACCGGCAAGUUCAAAAAGAUGUUCGGGUGGGGCGACUUCCACUCCAACAUCAAAACGGUCAAACUCAACCUGCUGAUCACGGGGAAGAUCGUGGACCACGGCAACGGCACCUUCAGCGUUUACUUCCGCCACAACUCCACGGGCCUGGGCAAUGUGUCGGUGAGCCUGGUGCCACCCUCCAAGGUGGUGGAGUUCGAGGUGGCCCAGCAGUCCACGUUGGAGACCAAAGACACCAAGUCCUUCAACUGCCGCAUUGAGUAUGAGAAGACGGACCGCAACAAGAAGACGGCGCUGUGCAGCUUCGACCCGUCCAAGGUUUGCUAUCAGGAGCAGACACAGAGUCACGUAUCCUGGCUCUGCUCCAAGCCCUUCAAGGUCAUAUGCAUCUAUAUCGCCUUCUACAGCGUGGACUAUAAACUUGUGCAGAAGGUCUGCCCUGACUACAACUACCACAGUGACACGCCGUAUUCCUCCACGGGAUAGUGUGUGUAUGGGUGAAUGUGUGAGGGCGUGCACCUUUUGUUUGACCUUCAAAUCAUGCUUUUGUCAGCCUCUAAGGCAGAGGUGUCCAAACAUUUUCCUCUGAGGGCCGCACACACAAAUACGCGAGGGCGCAGCCACCCCUGUGAAAAUCUUCAACUUUGAUUUAUCAAACAUGCUAAAACCAAUCUAUCAGGCAAUUAAAUACUUAUUUUUUAAAACUGCUGCACUUCAACUUUCUGUUGAAGACCCUGUAAACUGAAUUCAAAGAUUUGUAGGACAGAAAUGGCGCAGAGUCCCUCCACGACUACUAAAUCAGAAUUUGAAUACCUUUGUUUGCAUCAGUGGUUGUCAAUUGCAAAUUAGUGUCAUAGGAAAAAUGUAAACCCUGAAUAGACAAGAGACCAUGACAAACCUUUGAGAGGUGAGUUAUUAAAGUCUUAUUGACUUGCAUGAAAGGAGACAGUUCGACUGCAAGCAGGCUAAUGGAUGCAAAGACGUCCCCAACUAUUUUUUAAGUACAGUCGAACACUAUCCAGUUAGAUAGCGAGCUAUGCUUCCACCCUGAAAAUGCAUCUACAACAAUUUACAGACUAACAUAGUGUCAUUAGCAAAAUUUCUCCUGAAGAAGUGAAUCCACCAGCCGAGAGAAGCCAUGGAACCUUGUUAGCUAGUAAGUGGUGAACGCUUCUUGUUACUAUGUUAUUAUUUUUAUUUA